GGCUCGAAUGAAAUGUCCGUCUCCCUCCCCGGGCUCUGGCGUUGCCGCCGCGCCGCCGCUGAGGGGACCAGGAAGUGUGGGGAGCUGGAAAAGCGGAGCGACUAGAGCCGAGCGGAGCCCACGCCGGGCCCGGCUGGCUGCCUCCCUCCCGCGUCUUUGUGCCGCGUCUUCUGCGCCCGCCGCGAGGGGAGGGGAAGGCGAGAUGGCGGCGCUGGCCGGCCGGGCCCUGGGAACGCGGGGGGCCGAGAACGAGGCCCACGCAAGGCGGCGGCGGAGCAGAGCGCGGCGCCUCGUCCGGGGUCGCCUCCCGUGCCUGCGAGCGAAACCGGCCUCGCCUUCCUUUUUUUCACCUUCGCGCCCUCUUCCCGAGGGGGGCAGAGCAGGCGAGAGAAGGGACCUCCGCGGGGUCCCCUGGCGACGAGGACCCCUCUGUGCCACCCCUUGCUAUUUGGGGGGACUGCCGUACCCUCGGGGGCAGCCUCCCCGUUUCACCACCCCCCCAAGGCCCCUUUCCCUCCUUGGGUGGAGUUGGGUUUGUUUAAGUCGAUCCGCUUUGUCUGCUUCUGGCUUCGCUCGGCCUAAAGAAGAGGGAUCGCGGGGGGGGGAGACCUUCCGGAGGGUUUGUCCCCGCGCCUCUGCCCCGACCCAACGUCGUGCUGGUCGGCAUUUCGCGGUUACAGGAGUGGGUCCGAGGGGGAAACUAAACGCUGUCAGAAAGCUUUCCCGCAGUCCCAGCCCGGAGAUGCUUCGUCCUGCUGUCCGGGCAUCGCGGCCCUAAAGAUGGAUGGUGAUAAUUCUACAACAGAUGCUUCACAGCUGGGAAUUGCUGGAGAUUACAUUGGUGGUAGUCACUAUGUGAUCCAACCUCAUGAUGAUACUGAGGACAGCAUGAAUGAUCAUGAAGACACAAAUGGUUCCAAAGAGAGUUUUAGAGAACAAGAUAUAUACCUUCCUAUUGCAAAUGUGGCAAGGAUAAUGAAGAAUGCUAUACCUCAGACAGGAAAGAUUGCUAAAGAUGCAAAAGAAUGUGUGCAGGAGUGUGUCAGUGAAUUCAUCAGUUUUAUUACAUCAGAAGCAAGUGAGAGGUGUCAUCAAGAGAAACGGAAGACCAUAAAUGGAGAAGAUAUUCUCUUUGCUAUGUCUACUCUGGGGUUUGAUAGCUAUGUUGAACCUUUGAAGUUGUAUCUUCAAAAGUUUAGAGAGGCAAUGAAGGGAGAAAAAGGCAUUGGUGGAACAGUUACCACAGCAGACGGCCUUAGUGAGGAGCUCACAGAGGAAGCAUUCACUAACCAGUUGCCAGCAGGUUUGAUAACUACAGAUGGCCAACAACAAAAUGUCAUGGUUUAUACAACGUCCUAUCAACAGAUCCCUGGUGUUCAGCAAAUUCAGUUCUCAUGACUUGAAAAAGGCUUUAGACACAUAAGAAAUAUGAACAAGGAAUGCUAAAGGAAAGAGAAAUUGAAUUGGCUAGUGAAGAAAGAAGUGUCACUUUGUAUAUUCAAUAGUUGUAAUGUAGCUUCCUGAGGCUUGAUUGAGAUGUGAACUCUGAUUCAAACCUUUUUUCAUGAGUGAUUUUAAAAGAAAUUGGAUUUUAAAGGUAUUAAAAUAUUUUUUUUGUUUUGUACAAGAGUUUGUUGCUCUGUAUAACUCCUAUAUGCAGUGUAUAUUGCAAUUUACUACUGUCAGAUUUGUAGACAGUUUCUUAUUUUCAUAUUGAAUCAUCUUACUUUUGUAAUUCAAGUAAACAGCUGGGUUUAAUUCAUGUUUACCCUUUGAAUAAAACAUAAGGGUACAGUUCAUUUUGAAUGCAAGUUGCCUUUAUUAUAAAAAUUGAGAUGACCUUUUGUUUUGUAUCUGUCUUGCAUGAGUUGAAUUAAAUAUUUAUUAAUAUUUAACUUGAAAGGAAAUUCCUCAAAUGCCCACAGUUCAAAAUAAGUGCUCCCGCUUAUUACUUUUAAUAUAAUAAUUUAAAUAAUGGGAAUCCAGAAGUAACCAAUCUUUGAAUCAUAGCAUUAUAACCUUGGACCAUGGUCCCUGGGAACUAUUUUGCACAAGGUGUAAAAGAAUGAAGGUGGGUUUGUCAGGAACUGUUGUCUUGUAUGCAGAAUUAGUUCUGUGGAUUGUUUGGUACCCAAUAUCAGUGUUAACUGUAUCUGGUAGUGCAGUCCCUAUUUUGCAACAAUUAGAAAUAUGUAGUAAAGAUUUUUUUUUUGUGUUGAUCUUUGGACUAGGGAUAUUCAUCUUACUACUUUUGAAAUAAAUUCCUUUUAAUUUAUGAUUUCUCUUCAAAGAAGUCAGAUUCCGUUUGAUACUUUAUUGUCAGAUUACCUCUUUAACAUUUCAUAAUCAUGAUGUGUGGGACCUCAGAGCUUAAUAACUGUGGAAGUUAGAGGGACAUGUAUUUUCGGGGAUGUAAAUGGAAGGCUUGAGCAUCUAUUUGGCUGUUUCCUGUUGCUGCAAUAAAUUUUAAGAUACCUAAAAAAAA